AUGAAUGAACCUUGGAACCUUUUUAACACAAGUCCAGGUUCGCCUACACAACCAAUUUCUAAACGACAGUACCGGCUUGCACACCAGACCUUGUGUAUCACCCACAUUGACUUCGAGCAACGUUUGAUCGUAGGUUUUACUCAGUUAGUGAUAUGGCCUAUCACACCAACCUUGAGGCGUAUUCACAUAAAUUGUCGUCAGUGUCGUAUUCAUCGCAUUUUAUUAGAAGCAGCUGAUAAUGAGUCUGCAGAGUUCGAAAGUGAUCGAAAAGGGCGGAGUUCAGGUUGGGGUAUUUCAAAAACCAAAUUAAUUCCAUUGCCAACUGAUCUCCCUAUCCUAUAUACUGAUCCCACCUUAGAAAUUUGUGAACGUGAUAUUAAAUUGAGAACUUUGGACAGCUUUGAACGCCGAUAUACCUCCGUUGUAACUUCUACCGAUCCGGAUGAAGAUGCAGGUGAAGUAACAAUUCGAUUGCCUUCAGAUUUCUGGCCGUUAAUUUCUCAAAAAUCUCCUUUUGUUAUAACCAUAGAAUUUUCUCUUAAUAAACCCAAAUCUGGAUUUUAUUUCGUUGUCCCUGAUGGAGAAGGAUCGUUAAGUGAACGCGGAGUACAUGCAUUCACAGCUUUCACACCAAACUGUUCUCGUUUAUGGUUUCCUUGUAUCGAUUGCUCGGAACCAUGUACCUGGAAAAUUGAAGUGACAGUGUUCGAAGAUUUAGUUGCUGUUGCCCCUGGAGAGUUAAUAGAUGCUCCAUACUACACUGAAGAUUUAACACACAAGACAUACCACUUUUAUGUCUCCCAACCAGUAUCAGCCCCUUGUAUUGGACUGGCUGUUGGGGCUUUUGAGAUUUUUCCCGACCCACGACUCUCCAACGGAGCAACACACUUCUGUCCGAAUGGACUAUUAAACCUUUUACAAUACACAAUAUCUCCUCUCUCCGAAAUGAUUGAAUAUUACGAAUCUAUAUUGGCGUCACAGUAUCCGUUUUCCACGAUCAAAUGUGUGUUUGUAGAUUGUGCUUUUUCAAAGUGUCAGUCAUUCGCUUCUUUGAUUAUUCUCUCUCUUGAUCUACUGCACUCACCAAGAGUUAUUGACCAAGCGAUUGAAACACGUAAAGUAUUAUCAUUAGCUGUGGCCCAUCAGUUCUUCGGGUGUUUCCUUAUCAUGGAGACGUGGUGUGAUGCUUGGCUUACAUACGGUCUAGCAGGUUACUUAUCUGGUCUGUACCAAAAACGCGUCUUUGGAAACAACGAGUAUCGUAAAAUUGUUCUUGAUGAAAUGCACUUUGUAACAGAGUUCGAGAAUAUGAGAUAUGGGAUUGUACUUGAUCCAUCAAAAUUGACUUCAAAGUUAACCUAUUUUGAUUUGAGCUCAUCCCAUCUGAUAUCACCGGACUAUUUAUCAGUCUAUAAGAAAAAAUCUCACUUAGUUAUUCGUAUGCUGGAAUUGCGAUUGGGACAACCCGUAUUGCUUCAAGUUCUUAACAAGCUGCUUGUACUUGCUCGACUUUCGACUAAAUCAAUCCUCUCUUCUACAGAUCGAAAUCAGAGUCUGUCGGUCGGAUUAGAUGGAUGUGGAAGAAACGAAGGUGAUUCUGUUUCGGUAACUUCAAAUACUCAACUUCAACAAAAUCCUACAGUUCCUCCCUGUAUGUCAGAUGAACAUAGAGCCAAUAUUCUACUAUCUACAGCUUCUUUUCGGAGGAUUAUUUCUAUGGUUACAGGUCAAGAUAUCCGAAAUUUCUUAAAUCAGUGGGCUUGUCAUGCUGGUCAUGUCAGAAUAUUUGCUAAGUUUCAUUUCAACCGUAAACGGAAUGUUGUAGAAUUAGAAUUAAAACAGGAUCUACAAUCCAGAGGGACUCUGAAUUAUACCGGACCAAUUACAGUUAUGCUCCAAGAAUUGGAUGGAGCGUUUAUACAUACUUUCAAAUUAGAAGAAGGCCGUAUGUCUCGUGAUUUACCAUGUCAUUCCAAAAGUCGAAAACAUCGUAAAAAGAAAAUUUCGUUAGCCAAUGGCGAUGAAGUUGAUAUGGAUUUAGCUCGUAUUGAUCCAGAAUCACCUUUACUCUGGCUUCGAAUAGAUCCAGACUUAGCUAUUAUACAUGAUAUUCACGUUGAUCAACCAGACUUUAUGUGGCAUCUUAUGUUAGCUCAUGAUAGGGAUUGUCUCGGUCAACUGGAAGCAGUAAAUGCUCUCAAAGAUUUUGCUUCUCCUGAAACGCGUCAUGUUUUAAGUAAUAUUAUUUUAAAUGAAAGAAUUUUUUAUCAUGUUAGAAUGGAAGCAUGCUUUACAUUGUGUCAUGUUGUGAACGAACUUAGUACUCUCAGUAACAACCCUACAGCAGCUUCGGCUACAGUAACUUCUUGUUUGUUGCCAAUGUUCUGGCAGUUGUUUAGUUCACCGGCAGCUCGUGGUUUAAUUCGUCAGAAUAAUUUCUCUAAUUUACAACUUUAUUUUCUUCAGAGAGCUAUGGUCAAAGCUUUGUCAACUUUGCGUGUGCAACAAGUCUGUCCUCAUGAUAUAUCGAUUUUCAUUAGUGAUUUAUUAAGGCAUAAUGAUAACUCGCGUAAUCCGUAUUCUGAUAGUUAUUACCUUGCCGACCUUGUAAAGGCAAUGAAAGACACUCUGACACCUGCAAUUAUUGUUCGGGGAGUAAUGUCUGCCUCGACACUACCUUUUGAAGCCCGUACUGUUAUCGAAGAAGUUUCUCAUUUGUUAAACUUGGAAACAGAAACAAUUAGUUAUAAAGGUACUGUAACCGUUGUCUGUUUAGCAGCUAUAAGACGGCUACAACGACUUGGAUUCCUACCCAUAGAUCCAAGUUUGUUCUACCAAUAUGCUUUGUCAAACUUUUAUUGUGAUAUCAGAGUAGCAGCAAUCGAGGCUAUUGUGGAUUAUAUCAGAGGUGAGAGAGAUCAGUCAGCAUUAGACUGGCUCUUUAGCAACAUUAUAGAACGAGAAGAUUCCAGUGAUGCUUCAUACGUUCGCCUUCGCUUUGAAGCCGUGCAGUUAUUACUACGCAUGCCACCAUUUCAACGUGGUGAGUCGGGUAGCCGAUUAGAUACUCCUCAAUUAGUUGAAAGACUUUGGACACUGAUGAAUUAUGGAUGCACCGGUGAUCCACGACUUAGAUGUGCAGUCGCUGAACUCUACUACACACUUUACGGUAAUCGUCGCCCAACUUGUCUUCCUCUUCCAGAAGGUGUGCUUUUAGUGAGAGUUAAGGAAGGGAGAUCUGUACUUAAUAUAUCUGAAAACAAUUCUAAAGCUAGUGAAAUAGACUAUACUGAUGAACUGAACAAAUAUAAGUCUGAAUGCUUUGGUAGAGGAAUUCCUCUUUCAAAAAUGCAUCCAGAAUAUGAAGAAUUAGAAGAUAAUUACUCGGAGUGUGAGAUGUUGCACGCAAAUACUAUGAAGUUAGAAAGAGAUUCAAUCCAACGCCCCGCAGUUUCAGAAUUCAAUCCUCAAUUUGAUUUAAAGCGAAGCAGAACUGGAAAUUUCUCAGAAUUGAAUGAUUCGUCGAACACUUUCAAAAGGCGAACUGAACGUCUAAGUGAUGAUGAAGAUGAUUAAGGUAAAUGUGAGUUAACUGAUUUAUGAAGUUUUUAGUCUUAAUAAGUGCAAUAAUUUGUUUCUGUCUCGAUUAGUUUUUUUACGUGAACUUUGUGUGAAAUACGUUAUUCAACCGAUAAAUUAUUCACCCAUAAACCUAGAUUUUGUGUAUGAUUUCAUGGGUGUAUUCAAUUUAUUCAUUCUCCUGUCCGUAAUAAAUGUCCUCACAUUAUGUCCUUCAUAUUUCACCCCUUUACUUGUCGCUUUUUCAGAUGAUAAAUAGAUCCGACUCACGAUAAUUCACUAAAGUAAAACUUAAGUCUUAAAUAAUACAACUGUCAUGUUCUUCCUGUAUUUCCAUCUGUUUUGAAACAGAAAGUUUUGUUGAAUUCUAGUCGAAACCAAAAUUUACGACCCUAACUCAGUUGAAAAUUCUGAAACAAUUUACAUAUACUGGCGCAUAAAAAUUCGUGUAUUUUUACAUACUCCAUGACUAGUCUAUGGAAAUGAUGUUGGUUACGGGUUACCUGUUAUAAAUGCAAUUUUUCUGGAUUGUUUUACCAAUCGUCAAACAUAAAAUAAUGUGUUAUGUUUCGUAUUUCAUUACAAUCGUUUUGAAAGAAAUUAACUUCUUUAGCAUCUACAUGGAUUUUAAAAAUAGUAUAUGCUUACUGAAUUCAGUAUUGCUUGAAAUGAAGAACUUACCCUUGGCUUUAAGUGAUUCAAAC